CCCCGCCAGACCAGACCAUGGCCUGAACGCGCUCCUCGUCCCCAUUCACCACCUCACCACAACUGCCACCCGCCAUUGAGUCCCGCAAUGGACCUCCUCCUAACCCCCCUCCACCACCUCUUCAGCAAACCCGCCCGUCGCGCUUACCUACAGACGAUCCUCCUCUUCACCGCCUCCAUUACACUCCUCUUCAUCGCGGUUUUCUCCUACCUCCUAUUCUACGCCUCCUACGUCCCCUCCAUCGGCAUCGUCCGGCCAAUGUACUUCAGCUAUGCCCCCACUGAGCACCCCACGGCCUCAGUCAGCUUCUCAUCUGGCGAGCUGAUCCCCGAGCAACCAUACAAGAUCACGCUGCACAUGACGCUGCCCGCGUCGCCGCGCAACGUCGAGGUUGGUAAUUUCGACGUGGACCUUUCUUUGCACUCCACGGGCGGUGUGCUGCUGCACACGCGGCGGCCCGGGAUUUUAACGUACCGCACGCCGCUGCUGACGACGUUGCGGACGCUGGCGUUCUCGCCGCUGCUGGUCGCGGGACUGGUCCGGCAGGAGGAGACGCUGCGCAUCGCGCUAGCCGAGGCGGCCGUGUGGACGCGCGAGCCGACAACUGCUACAGUGCUGUUGAACGAGAGAAUCAAUGUCUAUGAGGCCAGGCUGGAGUUUGUUGCCUCGCUGCAGGGCCUCAGAUGGGCUAUGUAUUACUGGCCUGUUACUACGUUUGUGGUCUUCGUGGGGCUGUUUUGGGCUGUCGAGGUGGUGGCCGCCGGCGUCGGGUGGUGGUUGGUUAGUGGGCUGCUGGGGACGGUGCCUGUGGGGGAGGUAAAGGAUGUGGCGGAGAAGGAGGAGGGCGAGGAGGAGGAUGAGGAGGAGGAAGGGGAACAAAUGCUUGUGGUCGAGGAUACCCAGCGGACGUUCCCGCGUGUGGGCGGGGCGCCACCGUAUCCUACACCCGAGAGCACACCGGCACCAGCGGGGCCGGAGGGAGAUGAGAGUGGUGGGUCCCAGGAGGGGGAUGAUGAGGAUGGGUUUUCGGAAGAUGAGAGAGUGGCCGAUUCGGGAUUGGGAACUACGACGUUGAGCGAGAGUACGGCUCGGGAAGGAGCUGAGAGUGUGCGUAGGAGGAGACGGCUGUAGAGUUCGGGAAGUGCGAGGUAGGAGAAUGCGUAGUAAUGGCAGUAGAUAUCAUAUCCUCUGGUUUCCGGUUUGAUUGUACGUUCAAUCACUGGUGAGAAUUCUUCACUUCUGUUGCUGGAAUGAAACGGUCACUUGAGCACAAAGAUGAAAUGAAAGAAAAUCGAAUGUAUCUUUGCUC